AGGGGCUGGCGAGGGCCAAGGGGUGACCCGUUUUGCCUCACCUGAAUGUAGGGGCAGGGUUUUUGGCCGUGGUGCACGGCACAAAGGUGCUGCGCCCCAAGGAUCCCUUGACUUCGGUUACCUGGAUGAGCAACAUCUGCGCCAGUCGACGUCGAGAUUUUGCCGCGAAACAUCUUGCUGCUCUCGUCUCGAGUGUCUUCCCCUCGCGGGAUAACGCUUCUUCCACGUACAAAGCGUUCCAUUAACGUCCGUUCGUAACGUUUAAUAACGAUUUCAAUGACAAUUCAUUACGAGUGACUUUCUCUUUUUUUAUUCGUUUUAUCGCUCGACGAGUAUAGAACGAUUAACGCGAUUAAUAAAAAGCAGGAGGAAGGAAGAAACGCGAAUGGCGAAUUCAUAAAAAGAGAUUGUAAAUGGAUUUUAUUAAAGUGACGACUAAUGACUCGUUGUCGAAAGGACUCGAGCGAAUUGUUGGGUUGAUCGGACAAACAAUCGUGUUCGAGGAGGUGGAUCGCGCGAUGCACGGAUCGAAACGAUGCUCGGGAGAUAGGAAAAUUUCGGGGAAAGGGAAAUAGUUGGCUGGCGUUGGAGGCCGAGUUAAGGCGGGAAUAAUUGCGGCCAAUAAUUUAUCGACGGACGGAGGCCGGUAAAUAAGUGACUCGUGGCCAAAUAAAGGAACAUCAAAGGCGCAGCAGCCUCUCUCGAGGGUCGACGCCCGCCGCCGCUGAUCGACGAAAAGCUACGACGAGCAACCGUGCUGAAAAUAUCGCCGCGUCUGCACGGCCGAAACGCGGGAUGCUCGUCUCUUCGACGCCGAUCGUCGUCAGUGGGCGCCGAUUCGCCCGUUUUGAACGUUCCACGCUCUCUUCCGCAACAGACACGCGUUAUAACCUCGAACGAUAUUUCUAGCAACAAAUUAAUCACGGUGAGAAUAAGUAAUCCGAUUUAAAGAGUAAGGGUUUUCUUCGACGAAAUUCAAGGAUUACCGGUGUGUUUUUUUUUUUUAAACAUAGAAUCGGACCAGCUAUACCAGUUUUCGCCAGAAACCAGUUGGCAGAAAUUAUAAAAAUACACUUGUCGUUGGGGAUUAUUGAUCGAUCGAGGAAUACGAAAGACAAAUUCCUCUUCUUCUUGAAGGACCGACUUUUCAACAAUUUUCUCGAAAACGACUUGAAACGCGUGAUUUAUUAGAGUGUAAAUCCGAGGAUCGUUUAAAUAGCCUGUCGAUUUAAAUCCCUUCGGCCGCGGAGCGGGGAGCUGAGGGAGGAGAGUGUACCUGGCCACAACCUUUUCAAUCCCUCGAUCCCGUUUUUCGGGGGUAGGGAAAAGAGAUACUCGAGAGGCAGAGGCCGCCUGGUGGAAUCCUUGGCUCGUGCUUCCGCGUGUGAAUAGAAACACUCCGUUGCGUCUGGGACGAAUCGCCACGAUUGAUGGAAAGAGACGAAUCUCGCCCCGAAUUUGAGAAAUUUUUAAAAUUCUUGCUGAAACAGACUGUGUUUCUGAGAUAUAUACGACGAAUAUCGUGCGAUCGAUCGAUCGAUUUGAAUAUAAUAGUCGUUGAAGAGAUGAUUAAUGAGGCUCGAAAUUAUUAUUCUAUAAACUUUGUGUCGAGGUUUGAUGAAUCGCCUCGUUAUUGAUUAACCGAUAAAAUCGAUUCAAGAAAAUCCAUUGGAAUGUUAUCUGUGUCUCUUCCUCGAAGUGUCUCGUCAAUGUUGUUUAUUUACUCGUUUAAUUUCUUCUCUCUCUCUCUUCAAUCGAUCCCACUUUUCCUUGAAAUUUGAAUCUCCCCUCCUCUCGAAGCGGCUGAAAUAUCGAUCGAAGAAGGAAAAGAAAGGAAAAGCAUCGAACGAAGCUCUUUAACGCCGCAUUGUUGUCAACAAUCGGCCGAUCGAUCGAAAGAAAAAAGUGGGAGAAACUGGCUGGAAGAGAGGGGAGAGGGAUCAGAUUGUUUCUCAACCGCGAAACCCUGUGACGCAGUUGUCCACCAGAUUGCCCUGCAUCCUGACAUUGCUCUUAUCUCGCGCGCACGUGCACGAUAACGGCGACGAGAAAACGUUUCGUAUACCGCGCCUUUUUCCAAUUAGUCACGGGGAACACAAUGCCAGGAGUACUCGUUUGAUCGCCUCGAUGUCGUUCGCUGAAAAUCGUGUUGACAAAACGAUUCGAUCGAUCGAAUGAAAUGGAAGAGGAAGUGAAUAAUUCUCUUUAGUGAAAUUUUUCGUGGCUAAUUAUUUUAGAUUGGACUCGUUUGACCGCCUCGACUGAUAUUCGCGUGUUGACAAACCGAAAAGGACGUGAGAAAUACACGAAUAAUUAAUCGUGGAAUUGAUUAAAAAUUUUGUGUAAAGUGAAGCGAAGUGAAAUUUUUCGAUUGCUAAUCAUAUGUUAUUUAAAUUUAGAUCGGAAAAUUUGGAAUAAGAAAAGUCAUCCACGGUGAAAACGUUUCGUAUACCGCGCCUUUUUCAAUUCGUGGAGAAUACAAAAGCGAAGAGCAAUCGUUUGACCGAUGUCAUUCGCUGAAAAUCGCGUGCAAAGUGGGAAAGGAAGUAAAUAAUUCUCUUUAAUAGAAAUGAUUAAAAAUUUUGUGUAAACUGAAGCGAAGUGAAAUUUUUCGAUUGCUAAUCAUAUGUUAUUUAAAUUUAGAUCGGAAAAUUUGGAAUAAAAAAAAAUCAUCCACCGUGAAAACGUGGAAGCAAUCGUUUGACCGAUGUCAUUCGCUGAAAAUCGCGUGCAAAGUGGGAAAGGAAGUAAAUAAUUCUCUUUAAUGGAAACGAUUAAAAAUAAAGUGAAGGGAAGUGAAAUUUUUCGGAGACAAUCGUAUAUUAUUUAAAUUUAGAUCGAAAAAUGGAAGAAUGAGAAACGUCAUCGAAUGAAAACAGGGAUCCUAGAGAAAAAUCUUUGGAUAACACAGGGACAAGUUGGAAAGAGUGAAAAAAAGGGAGGUAUCGAUCGCAUCGUUCCUCCACAGCUAGUAUUAUAUACCUGAGCGGCAUUAUCGGAUGAGUCAGUCGCGCGAUAACUCGUUUAUAAUAGCAUGUUUACACGCAUCAAUCUGUCGUGGAACGAGCGCUCGUUCGCGGUUCUCCCUCGCGCCUCCCUCUCCAGUAGCCACGCUCUGUUAACGCGUAACUCAACAUCGAGGUAACGGUGUUUGUUGGAAGGAAAGGAAAGAAAGAAGAGGAGGAAGGAACGAAUUGAAUUUGGACGAGAUGAGCGGUCGGAGAUAUUCGAUUUCUUCGAAUCCUCGAAGGGGUGCCGCGCGUCGAAGAUAGCGAUUGUUUUUCUUCCACGCCGCAUUUUCGUCCAUGCUUCGAACAUCUGCCCUUGUUUCUCACGCGACACGGUUCGCAUGACCAAAGGGAAGAUGUGCGUGAAACCUAUGGAGGAGAACGAGGAGGACAAGGUUGUCAGCAUGAUCAUCAAUUACUUCACCGCCAGGAACUUCUUCUCGAAGAGGUCGUUCCGCUCGAAUCCGUUGAAGAGGACGAAGAGCGUGACGAAGCUCGAGCGACAGAAGCAACGCGGCGCCGGGCUUCGGGGUUGCCGUUCACACGAGUCCCUCCUCUGCGGGCAGGCGGUGACCUCGAUGGACCUCGCGGCCGUGACACCGCUGCAUCCGAGCCUGCUCGGCAGACCUCACUGCUUCCAGGUCACGCCCAGCACCGGUGGGCCCAAGUAUUUCAGUUGCAGGACCGCUCACGAACGGGACCAGUGGUUACACAGCUUGAGGAAAUCCGUUCAACCUGACGCGGAGCAAACGAGGCGCACGGACAACUCGUUGCAAAUAUGGCUGCUGGAGGCGAAGGGUGUGCCGGCCAAGAAACGAUACUUUUGCGAGGUGUGCCUGGACAGCACUCUGUACGCGAGGACCACGGCGAAACUGAAGGCCGACCUGUGCUUCUGGGGCGAGCACUUCGAUUUCCAUCACUUGCCUUCCGUCAACACCAUACAGGUGAACCUGUACAGGGAGGCUGACAGGAAGAAGAAGAGGGACAAGAAUGUUUUGAUCGGUUCCGUCAGUAUACCGGUGCACAACGUCACGUCUCGUUACCUGACGGAGAAAUGGUACACCGUGGUGGGGGAUAAAGGUCCCCUGAAGGAACCUCCGGCGCUCAGGGUGAAAUGUCGUUUCCAAUCGGUGGACAUAUUGCCGGUCCAAGUGUACCAGGAGUUCUUGGAAUAUUUGAAGACGGAUUACGCGUCGCUGUGCGAGAAAUUAGAGCCGGUGAUCGGUGUCAAAGCUAAGGAGGACAUCGCCACGGCUUUGGUCGCCGUCAUGCAGCGCGAAAAGAAAGCGCCUCAAUUUCUCGCCGACUUGGUCAUGAUGGAUAUACACAGAAUAGACGACGAGAGGCUCACCUUUCGAGGAAAUUCCUUGGCCACGAAGGCGAUGGAGGCCUACUUGAAGUUGACGGGAGACAGGUACUUGCAAGAGACCUUGGGGGCUGUUGUAAGGGGAGCGGUGGAGGGUGGCGACUGCGAGGUGGAUCCGCUGAAGGUCGCCUCGGUGGCGGCCCUUCACAAACAGCAACAGAAUCUACGAAACGCCGUGGAACUCGCCUGGAGCAGGAUACUAGCCAGCCACGCUCACUUCCCUCUCGAAUUACGCGAAUGCUUCCGUAUAUUCCGCGAGCGACUCGCUGACAUGGGCCGCGAGGACAUUGCCGACAAUCUGAUCUCUGCCUCCAUAUUCCUCAGAUUCCUGUGCCCUGCCAUUCUGAGCCCGUCCCUCUUCAACAUUACCCACGAGUACCCAAACGAAAAGGCAGCGAGGAAUCUCACCCUCGUGGCAAAGACGCUUCAAACUCUGGCAAAUUUCACGAGAUUUCAAGGAAAGGAAAACUUUAUGGAAUUUAUGAACGAUCUUCUGGAACGUGAGGCUCCAUCCAUGAAAAAUUUUCUUCAACUAAUCAGUAGCCCCUUGCCAAAGGAUGCCCCGGCCAAUAACUCUUUAGAGUUCGACGGAUACAUAGAUCUGGGGAAGCAAUUGUCUCUUCUGCACGCGCUUCUGCGCGAAAGCUUGGUCACGAUAACCUCGUUCUCCUCGUCACUGCCCCCGUCGAGGUUACCAGAGAUCCUCGACAGGAUCUCCAUAGCCCUGGACCAGUCGGGUCCGAGUCCAGUGCCCGCCUCUCAUCGGUAUCCGAAUAUACAGAACAACAUCUUCCGCUACAACGACCCCACGAUUGCGAACAGCAACACCAAUCUGUCUGUAUCGGCCACGUCCACGUUGAGUAACCACAGCACGUUAAAUGGAACGAUCAGGGACAGCAACGAGGUGUUGCAAUCGAACACGCUGGGGCACAACAGCUCUCGCAGCCCCAACGUAACCAGGGCUGCCACUCUUCCUCGCAACGCCUACAUGCCGACUAACGGAAAGUUGCAACUGCAAAUUACCACGGACGAUUAUCCUCUCGAGCCACCAGCCUUCGUGUCGCGCUCACCUACGCCCAUAGUGAGACAGCACAGGGCGAUAGGGUCGAACAGAACAGGAGCCGGAUACAGGUUGACGGCCAGUGCGAGUCUGGCGAACGUGAAUCACUGCCAGACACACCCAGCUAGCCCCACGAGGUCGGAGAGCCACAGCAAUUUGAAGGAUUCCAACUACAACAUUACCACGUCACAGAUCAACCAGGCGAACAACUGUAGCAUUAUGGGCCAGCAGCAACAGAACCACAGACACAACAUAGCGCGGUUACAGAACCUGGAUAUCCACGACAGAGAGGACAACUACAACCACAACAAUUACAACGUCUCGAGAUCGGCCAGCAGGAAUCAUUGUAACAAGGAAGAGAACGCGAACCAGAUGCAGCAUCAGAAUUACAAUAACGUGUCCAAGACUACCGUGAAUGCCAAUGUCGUGGUGAACCCCUCGUCGAACCUCACUCUGUCGAUUAAUCAGCCAAACAACAAUUACACCAAUAGCAAGACGAACAACACGACCGCCAACGGAAACCUGGACGAGCUAUCCGAUCUGUUGAGGUACGCUGACGACGAAGUGUCGGAAUCAAAAUCUCAGAAAGGAUCCCAAAUAUCAAUUUCCCAAUUGAGCAAUGUUGCCUCGUCGGGUUACCAGAGCUUCGCUGCUUACAGCCAAAGCUCCAGCCCCGUGGAUCUCAGCAGCAACAAUGCAAACGCACAUAUACUCAAUGCAGCACCGCUUGCUUUCGCCAAUCCUGUUUACCACAUGGAAUCCAAUCACGGAAGGAAUGGCAGAAGAGGUAGCAGUAGCUCGGAGGAAAGGGACGGAAGUGGUGGAGUAGAGGGUGUGAGAGGCGUUGAUCUCAGCCCUUCACCACCGCCCCAAAAUAACGUGAGGAAUCUGCAGAGAAAUAACCAGAACCAGUGGAGGCAAGCCAACCAAACGCACAGGAAUAAUUCAGAGCAGAACCAGGGUGUCUGUUGCACGAAAUUGAGGAGGAGGUUGUCAUUGGACUCGACGCGAGAUCUCUCCGAUACUAGCGAGGAGGAAAGCUGCACAACGAGGAGGAGCAAAUCUCGCAGUCAUCGAAGCAUCGAUCAGUACGAAGUGGAAAUCGAGAGGUUGCAGAGUAGCGUAGAUCGACUGAGGGCCCGGUUAGGCGCAACCGAGGAUACCGAUAUAGAUGGCGUUGCACCGGAUACCAAGAUGAAGAGCAUCAUUUCCAGGUUAAUCUCUGUGGAGGAGGAACUACGACGCGAACAACAGAAGAUGUCGGCUGCGUUGUCGUACAAGCAGCGCGUGAUCGAUGCGCAGGAGCAGCAAAUAGCCGCCCUGGACGCCGCGAAUUCGCGUCUAAUGACGUCAAACACAAAACUGUUGUCCGCAUUGAGCACCCUGAAACAAAGAUACAACGCGAAAACGAAUCAAUCAAGCAGCGAGGCGGCCGCGUUGCUGCAGAACAUCGUUGAUAUCGGCGAGCUUAAAAGUUCAUCCUGUUAAGAAAGAAGAACGAGCAACCAGCGCCACUUGGACGUCGUUACAUCUGUUUCCCGUUCGAGGACUAGACCGACAUCCGAUAAAUCAGCGUAAGAAUCGCGAGGCAAAACGAUGCUUCUGAUCCAGAUGAAAUAUAUGAUUAUUAGAGUCUCGAAACGACUCGAUUGCUCGCAUUAUAAAACGCUCUAGAAUGUAUUCUAGAAAAGAAACAGCGAAGAAAAAGCGAUUGGUUCAAAGUUCAAUUUACUUUUCAGCUUUCGAUCAAUCGUAGGUAAAUUUCGCUGUUUCUUCGGUUGGUAUCUGAAAAAAAUACAGUGAUCCUGCGAUAAAUUUGCAGGAUAUUAGGUAGGUUUGACGAACCUAGGCAAAAAAGAAGAGCAAAUAGAGAACAAAGAGAGAAAGAGAGAGAGAGAAAGAGAGAGAGAGAGUGUAUGAAAGGCGUGCGAAAAUAGAGGCUACCUAGUAAAUAGGCAAAAUGGUUUAAGUAGAUAAUUUACGUCGAAUUUAAUGUGACACAUAGCGUUUAGAAUUAUUUGUAUCAAGUCUGGCUGAGACCUCGCUUCGUUCACGAACUGAAUAUUCGUAAGUCAGCUCUCGUUCGAGUCGAAAUUGACAGUCGAUCGAUCUUUAGUAUCGUUAAUCUCUUUUUUUUUUUCUUUUAAUCAAUAUUCGUGUGCUCGUCCCAAACGACUUUUCUUCGUUCGAUGUGAACGUGCCAGAAAGUCGACGACAUUCAAGGGACAAAUUGGAUUUUUUGUUCAAGUUGUAAAUAUUGGAUAAUUUUCUAAAUAGAUUGGCGAGUAAUAAAUGUGAUCGAUCGACUUAUUUGGCAGUGAAUGAAAACGAGAGAUAAAAAGACACGAGACGAGUUCCAGUUGAAUAGUGAACGACAUCUGUCUCUUCUUUCGUUUUACUUUCUUCUGCGUUUUCAUUUUUCCGUUUUUUUUUGUUAUUCUGCAUCGUGUAUACGUACCUUGACGCACAGCCACACUAUAAAACGCUAGUUUGAUGUACGGAGAAUUAUACUUUGGAAAUACUUUGAAAUACAAGAUUUACAAAUGUAUUUUGUUUUAAAUAUUAAAAAAAAAGUUCUGAUAGAUGUAAAUUCUGGAAUUGUUUGAUUUUGAAGAAUAGUUAUCUUUUUAGAUUUAACGUAUCGUUUAAAGUACAAUCAAGUGUCAGUAAACUAAAAGUUAUAAAAAGUUAAUAAUUCAAUACUGAAAAAAGUUUUAAAAAUAUCAUUGACAUUGAUAUAAAUGAUCGUCAGUUAUCGUUUGCAAGUCUGAAGUUUUAAAUUGAUGUUAGAUAUUAGGCAAUUUAUAAAUAUAUAGAUAAUUUAAUUAAAGCUAAAAUAUAAGAAAAUGUGUUCAAUAUUUUUAAAUAUUUAUGCAAAAUGACUUCCAUUGGCAUAUAUAUCAUAACAAAUUCUAGAACAAUUUUUACUUUUUAUAACACAUGAAACUUAAUAAUAUCCUGACUAUAUUUUAAGAAUAUCUUGAAUGUUAUUUUAUUAGUUUACUUAUAAUGUUAUUGAUUGACAUUUAAUUAUUGGAUUCAAAUAGACUAUAGGAAUUUCUAGUUUCUAAGUUUCAGAUUAUAUUACAAAUCUAUCAUAAAUAUUUUAAUUAAGCACUAUCCAUCCUAUCAUAUUUCAAAAAUUAAAUAAUUGUAGGACUAGCAUUUAUUAGAAUUUGUUUUCUAAAUUUUUUUAAUUGAAAAUACAUCUGUAAAUCAAAUGAUAAUAUGAUGAUACACUUCGUAUAUUGUAUUAUUAAUAGCGUUUGUCAUACCAACGUGUAAUAUUCUCAAGCACACCGAAUUGUACUUCAGGAUUUUGUUGUAUAUGCGUGUAUAUUUCUCUAAUUUACCUCCUUGUGCGCUUCUCGUAAACAGCAAAAUGGACACGAUGUUUUUUUCUGUUCAUCAGCUGUGUAUCGUCGUUAUUAAUAUCUUUCAAACAAGAUAUCUUCUUCUCGGGCAAUGACAAGUCUUUUUGCCAGGUAUCGGAUAAAGAAGAGAACGAUGAAAUAAGAUAAAAAAAAAAAUUAUUCGAGGAGCCAAAUUUUUCACGAUCGCGUUCUGUGGAAUCUUCUUUUUUGAGGAUUCAAUCCAAUUCUUACUGUAAGUGACAAUAUAAUUUAUUUAGUAGUUUCUACCAAAGAUGUGAAGAAGUUUUUCAUUGUAAAAAGAGAGCAUCGAGAUUUGCGUGUAAGAUAUUUUUCCGUUAUUGCGCUUCGCUCGAGUCGAUCGAUUAUUUAAAUAACACGGAAAUAUCGAUCGAUUAACGAGCAUCGGAGAGAAAAGGAAAAUCGGUUGCACGAUGUAAAAAAACUUCUCAUUCUUAAGAAAAUGGAAAUUCGAGAAAUAAAAUAUUCGUGCACCGAGAUUUUUCUUAGCCGCCGUGAACAUUAUUGUUGUAUUCUAUACUUUUCUUUGUCUGUGUUUACUCUGUUUUUAAAAAUUAAGUUCUGCACAGCAACGCAUUAUGCAUGACAAUUAGAUAACACCAUUCGAUAUGACGGUCUCAUUUUGUUCGCAAACGUUAAUGUGUAUUAUUAUUUUACAUCACACAACAAACAAAUAUAUUAUCAUCGUAGCCAUUGUGUAGCAAAAUGCACGCGUACAAGAUUGAAAGGGACUUUGAGAGAAAAAGAGAACGAAUGUGUGAAAACAAUCAAGAAGAGAAAAUGAAUCUGCGUGCGCCUGUGUGUGUAUGUAUGAAGUGUAUGAAAAAAAGAUUAAGAUUCAGUCUAAUCUUAUUAAAGAAAAAGUAUUAUCUCGUCGACUUGUAUCAUACGAGCGUUCGUGAGAGCGUUUUACUUUCUCGCCUUUCACCGAUUAUUUUUGUAUAGAGAUAUCUUCCCUUGUUUAAUUUCGUUUCACUAUCCUUUCAUCCACUCUCGUACCUACCCGUCCUCCAACAUUUUUUUUAUAUUUUCAUUUACGCGAUCCUUUCUACGGAGAAAUCGCUUAGCUGAAGACAUUUUCGAUCGUCAAUCGUUGACACUAUGAAAUUAAUAUAUUUAACGAUACCACCCUACACUUCUUGUUGGACGAUAUAAUCGAUAAAAUAAUCUAUUUAAAAAUGACUUGAAUAGCGUGUACAUUGCUAAGUUUUUUGGUAUAUUCGUUUCUGCAAUACAUCAACUGUAUUUAAGCGUAUAGCAUCUAUUAGUAACAAUACAUGAGCAAAUAAAUAUGAUUAGACAUA